AUGUCGUUAAUGAAUUGCCAACUUCUCAAUAGAAAAUACCAGACAAAAGCAUGUCUGAAUCAGUUUUUCUGUAAACUAACUUCAUUAUUAACCGACACUCUCUCGGUUUACAAAGCUAUUUGUGAUUGGCACAACAUAAAUGCUUUGACCCUUGACUCCACUUCAACCAUCCCCAAGGUUAUGUUCCAUAGAGAUAAUAGCGAGGAGAAAGAUGACGAAGUGUUUGCGGGCUGGAAACAGAGGCGUGUUUCUCUGGCGAAGUCAUCUGAUGAUGGUUCAAAAGCCGUGGCUACUGUAAAAGAUGGAAAGGUCCCGGAAAAAACCACCAGACGAAGGUCAACAUUUAAAGGAGUGGCCAAUUCAAUAAAUUCCUUCCUCUCCAUACGCAGAAUGAGCAAAUACAGACUGAGUAUCAGUAACCCAGAGGACGCCAAACCGAAAGUAAGAUACGAAAAUACCUACAAAAUGAAACCCGACGAAGAUAAAAAAGUGAGCACUAACAAAAUUGAGAUUAUGGUGAAGUCCAUCUUAAAUCAUUUCUUAGAGAAGGAGACAUAUUCGGCAUCUAGCUGUAGCAAGCUUGCAUGUGAUCUCUCAAUUUUGAUAAAGAACAAAGUAAAAGAACUAGGGCUUCCACGCUAUAAGAUUAUCUGCAACGUCAUCAUCAGCCAAAAGGAUAGCCAGAGCAUGCAGACCGCCAGCCGAUGUUUGUGGGAUACCACGACGGACAGCUUUAGUCAGGUGACCUACAGUAAUACCUCGCUGUGUGCAGUGGUUACAGUUCAUUGUGUAUAUUUUGAAUGAAUUAUCAUAACGGAAUUUUGUAAUAUUAGAAAAUUAAAGCAGCUGCAGAGUAUUUGAGUGAAAAGGUUGUUGAUUGCUCCUUGAAAAAGACUUCGUGUGACAAAAUAUAUGCAUAUUAAUCAGUAGUUGAUUAUAAGUGACUGUGUUUAAAUUAAAGAUUUGUAUUAUAUUCAAGGUAAAGGUAUAAGUCUAGAAGUGAAACAUGCAUAAAUUAUAUCUUAACCCUCCUUUUUUUUUAAAGAAACAAAUGCACUUGGUGUCUUUGAAAGCGAAAACUUGUAAUCAAGCACAAAAUGGGAAUAAUUCCCUGGAGUACUUUUAAGGUAUAUACACCAUUAUUCCCCAGAUAAAAAUAUAAUCUUCAAUCAUCUGCAAGUUGAAUUAAUAUGUAAUUGUAACCGCCGAUUCCAUUGUCUGUCUCAAAAUAUUUUGUCCGCAUCUAAUGGUUCCUAAUGACUUAAGCUGCAUAUUUCCAAUCAAUAAUUGUUCAGUGGUCUUAAAAUUAUCAUGCAAGUUAUAAAAGCCCUAGCUUAAAUCAUUCAAAAAUUAUUCCAAAAAAUUAAUUUAAUAAAAAAGGUCAAACUUCAUGAUCAAU